AAUUAUAGUAGGCACAAGAGGCGAGACACUGAGUUACCUCAUUUGAAAAUGCAAAACCUGACCGAGAUCACCACCUGAAAGGACAAGCACAAUUUCUGAGGUGCUGGUUGCUGUAGCAACAGUCAAGAUGGCAGCGAUGGCGGCCGGAGACGAGCAUGCUGCCGCCGGAGUUUUGAGAGGACUCGCUCGACACUUGAACUGUUUGAACGAAGACAAGUCGACACGGAAGCGGGCUCUCGAGCAAAUCAAGAGAGAGACCGUGGAUAAAGGACUUUCCGGCGGCGUCCUACAGGAGGUUUUCUCCGCCCUGCUCAAGCCUCUGCUCAAAUGUCUGUCAGAUCCGAUUGAGCGAUGCAGAGAAACCGCAAUAGCGGUGAUAGCGGAAUUUAUUCGCUGUGUCCCCAAACCGGAAGAGUCGCUGCCUUAUCUCAUGCCCUGCCUGGCCCAGAGGCUCGGGGAGAGCGAGAUCCUGGAGCCGGCGGAGGAGCUGCGGCUCUCGGCGGUGGAGAUGUUGACUCUGACAGUGGAGGUGUGCGGGAAGCACUUGGCGCCGUAUGUGAACGAAAUGAUCAACAUACUGCAGAGGACCAUCGCCGACCCCUUCCCGGACGUCAAGAGAGAAAGCUGCAAAUGCACUGUCAAGUUCGCGGAGUGUGUGCCAGAGCACUUUUACAUGCAAGCUGAGAGCCUGGUCAAGCCCCUCAUGCAGACGAUUACUCAUCAGCACUCCCGAGUGCGAGGGUCUGUCAUCGAAGCCACCAGGGUCGUCAUUCAGCAUGGCACUGGGAAAAACGUGGAUGAUGUGCUCUCUCACCUGGCACAGAGACUGUUUGACGACUCACCACAGGUGAGAAAAGCGGUGACUGCAGUUGUUGGUGAUUGGCUACUUCACAUGAGAGACAGAUACUCUUAUUUCCACAAACUCAUCCCUCUCCUGCUGAGCAGCAUCAGUGAUGAGAUCCCAGAAAUAAGACUUCUAGCUGCUGAUUUAUGGAGACAGGUGGGAGCACAGUGGGAGGAGGAGAAUGAGGACGAUAUCAAGGACAAGAUGGAUUUCCUCCUCGCCCCACCUCCCUUCUACCCACCAGGAGUGGAGCGUCCAGGGCUGGGCUGCAGAGAGUUGGUGGUGAGAAAUCUGGGCAGGUUGGUGCCGGCCAUCGCCCAUGAUGUAACUGACUGGCUGGUGCCCACACGGGUCAGGACUUCUCAGUUGCUUUCUGUGCUGCUGCUCCACGCCGAGGACCACAGCACCCAGCAUCUGCAGCCUCUCCUGGCUACUCUCUACCGGGCCUGCACUGACACCGAGAGGGACGUGGUCAGCAAUAGCCUGGCAGCUGCUAAACUGCUGGGGACCUUUGUCCCUCCUGCUGUCUUCCUCAAGUUGCUGCUGGAUCACGUGACGACGCCCUACUCUUCCUCUCAUCCCUGGACCCCCCUCAUGGUGCUGGCUGCAGUGCUGGGUGGCUGCUCCCGACCCCUCCUUAAACCACAUCUCGAACAGAUUGCCAACACACUGACCAGGCACGAUGUCUGCCAGGAAUAUCAACAGGUUAUAUACUUGGAGCAGUUGUUGGCCUGUGUGGAUGUGCUGCUGCGUCAGUGUGAGUCAGACUGUGGCUCAGUCAGCCUCCAGCUGCUGCAGGUGUUGGUCACUGUCCAGAGUCUCUCCACUGAAACAAAUCUCAGUGAAAAGGCCUUGGAGAGUGUGCAGUGCUUGUGUAAGGUGCAGGGCCUGGACUCGGUGAUGGAGCUCUAUAGACAACAUAUGGUCCAGCUGCUGGCCUGGCUGUCUGCUUCUGUCAACACCUGGUCCAGUUACUCCCCACAGAGGCUCCAACUGCAUAUCAUAGUAGUACAACCAGGUCCAGUGAUAGGGGAGUUUGUGAGCCAGUUGAUGCCCCUGCUCCAGAUCUGCCUCCAACCAGACAAAGACCCAGAAAUGAGACUGAGCAUCUUCACAAUGCUUGCCAAGUUGUUACUGGAUGCAGGCAACACACUGGAUUCCAAGGGGCAUUUCCGUGAGGAGUCCGAGAAGUUCCUGUGUGACGUCCUGCUUCCUAACCUGGUGUGGCACGCAGGCCGCAUUGCUGCUGCCAUCCGCACCUCAGCCCUCAGCUGUCUGUUGGCCCUGCUGCAUGGAGGGGCAAUCACACCAGGACAGCUGCUGUGUCUUGAGGAGAAGCUCCGGCCCCAGGUGUUGUCGGCCCUGGACGAGGACUCUCAGAUGGGCAGACUGUUCGCCUGCCGAUCUGUGUCCACCAUUCUCAAACUCAUAGGAAACAGUCUGCACCCCGACGCCCUCAACAAGUUCUAUCCCGAGCUGCUGAAACGUCUGGACGACAGCAGCGAGGAGGUGCGCGGCGUGGCUCUACAGGCCAUCGGCCAUUGGCUGUCCAACCUGACCAAAGAUUACGACCCUGAGCUCUGCGCUCCCCAUCUGCAGCUCCUCUUCCAGCAGCUUCUGCUGCACCUGGACGACCCCGAUGCCUCGGUCCAGGAUCGAGUGUUGGAGAUCCUGAAGAAAGGCAGCUUGGUCCACCCAGCCCUCCUGAAGAGGGAAGUGGAGGCUGUGAGAGACAAACAGCGGAGUCCUCACUACUGCGACCAGCUGCUCCAGCACAUCAGCUCACUGCCCGCAGAGACAACAGCAGACUGUCCUGAGUGACGUGAAACACGUACAAAAACAAACAGACUAUGGGGGUCAUAUUGUAGCGAUAUUAUUUGUGUGUGUGUGUGUGUGUGUGAAAGGUGAUGAGAAAUUGCUGCUGCACUUGCCAUACCUCAGCUCAGGGUAAAAAAAAAAGAUAAAUCGCAACACACAUUUGCGGAUCUGUCACGACAGAAGUGUCGCAAAAAUCAUGUGUAAAACGCUUGCGUUGUAACCGAUGACUAUCUAUAUUUCCAGCUCUUUGAGCAAAACACUUUUUUCACCUUUCAUUCAUUAAUAUCUAUGUAUGCAUUUAUCUAUACAUUCAAAGAUCUAUACACGCAUUUGCAGAUUUGUUUACAGACACAUCUGAUAAGACACACACAGAUUGUGAUACAGUUGCACAACUCUCCACACUUGCAAAUUCCUGUAUGGAUUCACAAAUCUCGGCACACAUUUGCAGAUUCUUUCACACACACACAUACACACACACGAUAUAGCUAGAAUAUUAGCCCCAUAACAGACAGCCUUAAUUUUAGGAGAGGUUUUUUUAUAAUAGUUUUCCAAAUAAAAGUAAAGCAUAUGUUUUGACAUAACAGGCCCGACAUUAAAGAGUUUUUCCUCUUUGAGAUGAUUUUAUUUUCUUCUUUCUUUCUUUCUUUUUUUUAUGGUUAACUUUUUACUAUGAUCCUUCAAGCUUUGACCAGUUGUCAAGGAUAUUCUUUUUCUGCAUGUGUUGCAUUUAAUUGCUUUGCUUCUGAUAUUUGGUUCAAAUGAAGACAAGCUGAUGUUUGAUUCACUGUGAUUGUGUUUCCAUAUUCCAAUGAAACUCUCAUUCCUGUAGCCAAACUCUCAACUUCCCAGCUUUCAGAUGGUGCUGAGUCUGAGAUGAGCUGGCUCGUGUUUUUGUUUUCAAAAUAAUGUGUUUAUAUUAAAUAUAACCAUAUUUGUA